UAGCUUUUGAAUGUUUGGAAAAUAAGAAAGAUUAAAGUUGGAAAUGUUCUCAAGAGGGUUUUGUUUGCUUUGACUACGAUUGAUGCACAUUUACUUUGAGCAAAAUGAUGAUUAAUCCUCUAACAGGAUAUGGAGUGUCUAAAGUAGUGGAUUCUGUGCAUCCAGAUUUCAAGAAAGGUGACUUGGUAUGGGGGAUAACUACGUGGGAAGAGUACAGUCUCAUUACUUCACCAGAAUCUCUGCGCAAAAUUGAACACACAGAUGUUCCCCUUUCCUACUACACUGGAAUUCUCGGUAUGCCUGGUAUGACUGCUUAUGGUGGGUUAUACGAAAUUUGCUCUCCUAAGCAAGGAGAAUAUGUCUUUGUAUCAGCUGCAUCUGGGGCAGUUGGCCAGCUUGUUGGCCAAUUUGCAAAAUUGUUGGGCUGCUAUGUUGUUGAUCUACUGAAAAACAAAUUUGGAUUUGAUGAGGCUUUCAACUACAAGGAAGAACCAAAUCUCGAUGCAGCUUUGAAAAGGUAUUUUCGUGAAGGUAUCGAUAUAUACUUUGAUAAUGUUGGAGGAAAGAUGCUUGAUGCAGUGCUACUCAACAUGAAGUUCAAUGGUCGCAUUGCUGUUUGUGGAAUGAUAUCCCAGUAUGGCCUUGACCAUCCUGAUGGUGUUUACAACUUAAUAAGGCUUCUUAUGGGGCAGAUCCGAAUGGAAGGAUUCUGGGUUACUAAAUAUUAUCACCUGUAUCACAAGUAUCUGGAUAUGGUUCUGCCUAAUAUUCGGGAAGGAAAGAUUGUUUAUGUGGAAGACAUGGUUCAAGGCUUGGAGAGCGGCCCUGCAGCCAUUGCUGGGCUCUUCACUGGCCGCAAUUAUGGAAAACAGGUGGUUGAAGUUGCUAGGGAAUGACAUGGGCUUCAGUUGUUUGUUACACUUGCACC